AUGUGGACAACACCUUCUAUUCUCCUUCUUCUCCUUAUCGGAGCCUCUUGGGUUUCUGGUUAUCCCCCAGGAGACACUCAGCAGAUCAUUUGGGACUAUUUGAAUAACACAUCGAAUCCAGCGCUGGCUUCAAGGGAUCCAGUUCAGAUUGAGAAAAUCUUGUAUAGAUCGUUCUUGUUCAGAGGGUGCAAAGCACAUUAUAAGAAAGCCAACGCCAUCAAAAUCAUUGCUGCAAUGCCUCGUGAAAUCGAUCUGUCCAUGAAAGUAAUCUCGACCACUUGGCUUCCAAAUGACCAUAUCCAAACCAUGCUUGUCGUUCCAAAACAACUUUUCAACGGAAAUCCCGAUGCUCAAUUCGAGUAUUGCACCCAUUACAAUGUCUGGUGGGGCGGACAAAUUCCAUGGUGUUCACUGCCAUUCGGUUACGAGUCGGAUGCUGUCUCGGAGGAUGUACAAGAGUACCUGGUUGGAAAAUCUUUGCCCCAAGAAGAGGGCGCUCCAGAGGAUCCGAAAGCUGUGGUCCAGAAGUUUCUGGGAGAGCUGAAGGAAGUCAUCGAUUCCAAGGAUUCUGGAAGAAUCGGAAAACUGUUCGACGACAACUUCUUGUUCAAGGGAUGUCUGGGAUCUUAUACCAAGGAAGACGUCAUCCAAAAGAUAAACGCUCUUCCAGCUGGCGUCUCUAUGGAGUUCUCAUUAGAGUCUGCAAAAUGGGCAAUCCAUGGGCAAAUCGAGUACAUCGUGUCUAUUGCUGGACCAGGAAUGGACAAGAUUCAUGCUCAAUUUGUUUAUUGCCCCUACACAAACGUUUUGAAGUCGGGAAAUGUGCCAAAGUGUGCCUCUUAUUGA